GUAAGAGUCGGGGUCGUUUCUAAAUUUAAAUCAAGCCGUUUUAAACACAUUUUACUUAAUUAACAAAUAAUUAGGGGUUGAUUACAAUGUCAUAAGUGUUAAUUUGGUUCGUUAGCUCAAGAUAAGUGUUCUGUAGCCGACUAUCGGGAGUGUUUAUUCAAUUUCGUUGCUGUUUACGUGGUGCCGACAUUUUCUUGUUGCUUCCAUCAAAAUCGGAUUAAAAUCUCUAAUAAACUCAUUAAAAACGUAAAUAGCCCGCUACAUCGCAAUUACAUUAAGUUGGUUUGGUACCUGGAAAAAGGAAAAGGUUGAAAAUUGCGCGGGGAACUUACUGUUUUAACUGAAAAGUGCAAGCCCUAGACUGGUAUAUUGAUUAAGCUCCACAAACACCGUACAUUUAAAAGACCGUUUGAUUUGGUUGAAAAGUAAAUCAUCGCCAGCCGAAAAUGCACAGGAUCUUUUUCACGAAACGCCAUCGAAAACUUCUGAACGAGAAGUAUGAAAAUAGGUGAUAAUGAUUUUAAAAAGGAGGAUUUCCCAGAGAUAAUCUGGUAUGCAGUGGCGGAAAUUGGCGCGUUCUAAGAUAACAUCAGGUCGAUCGCGUACGCGCAGUAUGCUUUGCUGUGGUCGAAGAAAGGAGAAUGGGCGAGAGGCUUUGGAUCUCACAGCCUCACCCCUCCGGGGACCGCCACCUGCUACACGAUCGAACCACCCUCCACCGAUGGUUAUACAGGGAGAUUUCAGAAAGGUUUCGGGGAUUAGCAGUGAAAUAUUUAAGCAGAUAGAAACGGUAGAGAACGACCACGAUGCGUCUACUGCAGCGGCGUUGGAGGCGGUGGAAAGGCGUGGUGAAAUGAUAGUUAGAAUUUUGGAUUCUCGUCAUCUUGGUAGAACUGCAGGGGAUACGGCGAAGCGAUUUACGUCGAUGCAAGAUGCGAAACACACUGUACAGUUUGUAGAAAUAGUAAAAAGGCCGGGACAAACGCUCGGACUUUAUAUCAGGGAAGGAAAUGGGAUUGAUAGAAACGAUGGGGUUUUUAUAUCAAGAAUAGCACUAGAGUCUGCAGUGUAUAACAGUGGAUGCUUGAAGGUGGGGGAUGAAAUUCUGGCCGUAAAUUUGGUGGAUGUGACGCGAAUGAGUUUAGAUGAUGUAGUUAUAAUAAUGUCUAUCCCAAGAAGACUGGUCCUAGCAACAAGACAAAGGAAAGGCAGUAAAGGAGGCCAGGGCUCGCCAAGUGUUCAACCAAGAUCUGAGCACAAACCGCCACCGGUAGUGGUUAUUAAACGAGAUUUACGCGAGGAUGAGAAUGACGACGGCGAAUUAAGUCAAAAUAGGGAUUCGACUCGGCAAAGACAUACGGGGGACGGUAGGGAAACGAUAGAGUCGCGGUCUCGUUUAGGAUUAGGUUUAUCGUCGUUAGAUACACGUCAUACGUCGCAAGAUACGAGCAACGGAUUAGAUCUUUACUAUAACUCGAGACCGCCCGACUCAAAUACGUGGGGUUAUCAACCUCCGCCCCCCGUCAUCACCGAACAACCAAAGUCUAAUAUUCAGCACUUCCAACCAUACGAACGUAAUUACCCCAACACUCUCGAAAGUUUGGCGGAAAAGGUUCAUUCAUUUGCUCUUCCGGGACGAAGGAUGUCGGCAGGAACCCAACCAAUAACUAGAUUAUCUACACAACAAAGCCCGCACUAUUACGUACAGCACACCAGCACAGGAUCGCGAAGGAUAAUGCCACGUUCAGGUUCCGACCAACAUCUUCCCCACACCGAAUACGCCGAUUACACUAGUAUAACUCCGGCCGGAAGGCAUAGCCUUCUUAGAUCUAGUUUAAAAUCCGGUUCCACGCUUAGUCGAUAUAACCAAAGGUACGUGGACCAGGCUUCGAUAGCUGCCCAAUUGGCUCAAUCGAAGUAUGGGCCACCACCGUCUCAGUAUGGAGCGACAUCGACGCUGUCGCGGAGAAAUCGAAGCAGUCUGGAUUAUUCCAGCGAUACCGAGGCGACCGCUGGCCCUAGAAGUAGUUACUACUACUAUAGGAACCAAAGCGUGGUACCUCACAGCACAAUUCCUACAUUAGGAAGAAACAAUUCACUGACAACAACAGACAUCAGCGCAAAGUUUAAUUCAUUGCCUCGCGACACUCGAGGAACCACGAGGUUAAGCAUGGGUAAAAGGUUCGGUGACCGAAGCGUUUCGCUUUUGCAAGACGAAUCGGACGGAGCACUGUCUGCGCCAGAAAUGCCAUCCACCAUUCGAAGGGACAGAGAUGAAUACAGACAGUGGCUUAGUCGAACUCCAUCAACUUCGGCUAUAUAUGAACAGAUCAGAGCUUCUAGGGACGUGCUAAACCAGCAGAGGGCGGCGAGGUUUACAUAUAGCGCGGAAAAUAUUCACGCGGCGUUAAAAGAUACGGAGGGAGGAUAUUAUAGUUCAUACGGGCGUCCAGGUGCAACUACGACAUUAGAUAGAAACUUUACACGUUCUCAGCAUCCAGUUGCGCCCGCUAGGUCAUUAUCAACACAACACAUUACCUCAUCAUCAUCUGGUAAGGUUUUUAAGACGCGGAAUCAAUACAGGCUAACGUUCUAUGCAGCUUUAAGUUCGACACGAUCGCCAUCGAUGAGAAGAAUGAGGCAACUGCUCGAUUUAGAUUCGGGACGAUCGGCUGCCGCUCCGAGCCCAGUUCCGACUCCGAGUGGUACGCUUCCGAGAGGUCAACGUCAGCUGGACAUCAAUCCGGCCGAGUUCCUCAAGUACAAAAUUGAAAAACCCGGCACCGGUGCGGCGACAAUGGGAGGUUUCUCUUUGGGAAGCACGACUACGGGAAGCAUGACUAGCGACGAGCCAGUCAGCGGAAUGCUGUGGGUACAUUUGCUAGCGGGCAGAGGACUGAGGGCGUCGACAGGUACGUCGGCCGCAACGACGCCCGUGACGCCCAGCGGUAGUACACCAAGUAGCAUAGGUUCUUCCGGUUUGAGAGACCUCUAUUGUGUGUUAGAAUGUGAUAGGGUACACAAAGCUCGGACCGUCGUGCGAACUGGCGAUUUAGUUUUCGAUUGGGACGAGAGCUUCGAAUUAGAUUUAGUAAAUAAUCGGGAACUUGACCUUCUCAUAUACUCAUGGGAUCCUCAAUAUCGACACAAAUUGUGUUAUAAAGGAUCUGUUCACCUUCCUUCGCUUUUAAAAACGGGCCCGUUGCAUCAACUCGCCCUGAAGAUCGAACCUCGGGGGACGCUAUAUUUAAGAUUAAGGUACAACGAUUCACACACGCUUUAUAGGAGGAAAAGCGCGUCUAGUUUAAGUUUAUCUCGAACAACUUACCCUCCGUUAUUCGGGGUUGAUCUUGAUACAGUGGUUAAUAGGGAAAAUAAAGCGGGUAUAAGUGGGGGAGUUCCUACAAGCCUAGUCGGUAGUGGUUUACAAGUUCCAUUAAUUUUGAAAAGGUGCGUCGACGAAAUCGAGAGAAGAGGAUUAGAUAUAAUAGGAUUAUACCGACUAUGCGGUUCCGCAACGAAAAAACGAAUUUUAAGGGAGGCAUUUGAGCGAAACAGCAGAUCCGUGGAUUUAACUCCUGAAAAUGUUCCCGACAUAAAUGUGAUUACGGGUGUUUUAAAAGAUUAUUUGCGAGAACUGCCGGAGCCCUUAUUUACGAAGUGCUUGUAUCAAAUGAUGGUGGACGCAUUAGGAGUUUGCCUGCCCGACGACCCGGAAGGAAAUGCGAAGUUAAUGUUUUCGAUAUUAGAUUGUCUGCCUCGGAUAAAUAGGACAACCCUCAUAUUUCUCAUGGAUCAUUUAGCUUUAGUCGUGUCGGCGAGUGAUCGAAACAAAAUGUCGGCGCAAAAUUUGGCGACGGCCCUUGCGCCACCCUUAAUGCUUCACUCCAUCGAGUCGAUGACCCCAUCGGGACAGCGGCAUCAGGAUCUGGAUUACGCUCAACCAAUAGGCCUCUUAAAAUAUUUAUUACAAAUUUGGCCUGUUCCUAAACAUCGAGGUCGGCGCGCCAGACCAGUCGAGCAGCGUGGAGACAAUCGCAAUGUGUAUCCUCAGGGGGCAGUUUAUCGAGGGCCGUCUCGGCCCUCAGUGGCUCCGUGUCCUCCUCCUCCUCGCUCAGCAGUCUCGGAACCUCGAGGCCCUGUGCCACCGGUCCCAUCACCCCAGAUACUCGGCCCAUCAUCAGUAAGCAAAGGUCCUUACCGUCCGCUCUCCCCUCGAGUAGGUCCACUGCCAGCAGCGGGAGUCGCUCUCAAACCACGCCAAGUGAUAGUCUCUUCUCCAGGUUCACCAAGCAGUAGCAGCGAUUCACAAUCGGGUUCCGAUUCAGUGAAACACUGUCUACCAAGUCGUGUUAGUUCACCGGCCAUGAGAGCGUCGCCAUCUCAAGCAAUGAGAAAAUCGCCGUCGGUGACUAGCGCGACGGGAAUUCGGAAUUCACCAUCCGCCACAUCCAGUUUAAGAAACUCCCCGUCAACAGCAAGUGUCAGCUCUCCGGUUACGAAGCACUCCCCAUCCAUAUCCAGUCUGAGCCGUACCUCCCCCUCGGUAAUCCUCAUGUCAACAACUCGAUCCAGUUCGCCCGCAAUGCAAGGCAGCUCCGCCGGUCUCAACGUCACACUCAAUACGACCACACCAUCAUUUGCAACCCUCUCAAGUUUGCAGUCGACGAUUUCUAACAUAAGCACAACAGCCGGUAACAUUUACAACUUGAGUUACACUCAACCUCCCACUUACGCAAGCACAAAUCCCUUCCUAACCGGCGCAUACCUCAAUUACACACCUGGAGAAACAACUUACACCGAAAAGUACAACACGAUCGGAUCAUCCAAAGAAAUCUCCAAGCCAUUCUCAUUUACCGAUUCAAACUUCCCGGAAUCUUCAAAAUAUAACACGUUAAGCACAAAACCGAUACACGACGUGACCGAGCCGAGCGACACAAAGUUUAACACAAUCGGCAGCAAAUAUCAGGACAAGACAGGGUAUUUGGGUAUCAACUACGGAGCCGACCUGAAGUAUAGCCCCGUGAAAUCGACCGGAAGCGCUUACGAUACAAGUCCGGGGAUGUCUCAGACCAACAGUUCCAUGCUUCUCAGCGUGGAAGAUACACCUACUCCUACCAGUAGUAUCGAGACGGAAGACAGCAACACUAGGGAGGUGGGCGAAAAGGAUGUGGAAGGCGAUGGUGAACAGAGUGAUUAAAUGUUCGAUCACGAACGUUUUAUGGCAGCACGUAAAAGACAUAAUUUUCGUAUAACUUCGUACCAUUCAACGUAAAAUGUAUUAUCACUAUGUACCUAUCGUGUAAUUCGGAUGCGUUCGAACAAAUUUGUCUGCUUUUUAGAAUCAAAUUUACUAUACUAGUUAGGAUCAUUGUUAACUAUUAAAUAAAUUAUACCUAUUAUACGAUUUCAGAUGAUAUAUAGAUAGAUCAAAUAUACUAUACUAUAAAACCUACUAACAAUUAUCUAUAGGGCAAACCUAGAAAGUAUAACAGUAGAUUGUAGAAACCUGAUCGUUGCACGCGUUGCACAAAGAAUCUGAAACGUCAACUUCUUCCGUUUAGUAAACUUAAUAAUAAUAGUAAUACAAAGAUCAGCGGAUAGUAAUAUAUAAUUCUGUUUAUACUUACUAUAAAUAAACGUGAAAUGCACAAAUAAAAUACUUGAAUACACUGCCAUUGGAUCUUAAUGUUAGGCAGAUUCCAACUAAGUAGGUAUAAAUUUAGAUCGACUUUUAGCAACGGACGCGGAUUUCCGUUUGUAUCAUAACACUAGCCAAAUCAUAGUGAAAACCAUAAAAAAGUGUGGGAAAUAAAUCAUGAUCGUGAGAGAUAUUGGCACAUGGCCGAACCCGACCGAUUUUUUCAUUGCUCGCCUCCUUCGCGGGUUUUAAAACGAUCGGUCGUUUGGCGACAUUUUGUUGUUCUGUAUAUUAAUAGCCCCAUUUAUGUAAAUAUAUUUGCUGAAAGGUUUUAUAGUUGAAUUUUAUGUAAUUUUCUGUAGAUUUCGUAAAAUUGUUUACCAUGAUGGUUGUUCAAGCACAUGUAAUUUAUAUAUGUACAGUUAUUCUAAGGUAUUUUUGUUAUGUUUUAUUGCCAUAACAAUUGUUUAUGAAAUCGUUGCUAAAUGUUUUAGGUUAUUUUAUCAUUUAAGUAUAUAUGCAGGGGUCAGAAGCGUAAAACAACACCGACCACCCUGUAAAUAAAAAUUAAAGUAUAAGUAACACUGUAUCUACAAUAAAAUGCUUGUACAGCAAUAAGAAUGCUAAAUAAGCCGAGCACACUAGUUUGCAUUUUUUAUACUUCAUUAUUUCGGUGCUAGCUGCUAUUUGUAAAACUAAAUAAGUUUUGAUGUUAGCACAUACUUCAUAUAUGUGAGAGGAAACGCAGGCCAUAUCAAAAAAAAAGAAAAAACUGCGUUGCCCUGCCUAAAUAGCCUAUCGUUGAAUAAUAAGUGUGGCUAAUUUGUGUUAGAGGUGUGCGGUGGUGACAAAAAAAUACUAUAGUCAAUUUUCAGUUCUGUCAAUUUUAGAUGAAGUAGGUGAAUUUAUUAGAAUGUUAUAUUUAAUAUGCACUGGCUAUAAAAAUCAUGUAGUCUAUCUGAUAGAAUGACCAACCCCAAAAUUGAGUCCAUCAUUCUUUUGAUCCAAAAUUCCAAGAACUUAUUUUGCACUGUAAGCCGAAACCAACAAGUUCGUGGAGUCCCCAUAAGCUAUUUUGACAAUCAAAGACCCCUUUUCCUACCAUUAUUUUUUACAAAUACGUAACCAAACUCAUCAUUAUAUCAGAUACGACUGUAAAAUUGUUAUAUGUUAAAUUUAAGAGUAAGUACGAAUGAAUGUGUGCACAUAUCAUUAAUACACUUUAUACUUUCCUAUACGAUUAGAUUGAACAGUGUGUGUACAAUAAUCUUAUGCCUCGACCAUGCCUUCUACUGAACGUUGUUACUCUCAUUUCCCAUUUUACUAAACAGAUCAUUAUAUCAAGCAAGCUUUUGUAACCCACAAUAAUUGUUAUGAACAUCCAUCCCAUCGUUACAUUAUUACAUAGGUGAAAGUGAGCCGGUAUUCAUUUUCGGUCAACAUUCAGUAAAGGCUUUCCUGCAAAAUAGACUUUAUUAAAUUGUUAUGUAUACAGAUUGGUACGGAAAUAUUCUACCGAUUUUUAAUGUAGAAAAAAUGCUCAGCAGUGUACCAUUUUCUUCAUAAUCGCGCCCUAUUGUGGAAAACGUUUACUUUCGCACUUCAUUUUCACAUUUCAUUAUUAUUAGAGGUUUCGUGAGCAAUAAUGUAAGGUUUUGUUCCAGCAGAACGUAGAAUAUUUCUGUAUAUUUAGAUGUUAAAAAUAAACUAAAGUAUCAGUAUUUACGAUAGCUUUUCAAAUGGCUAGACCCUCCUAAGAUGUACUUACGAUA